UCACAUAAAUCUCAAUAAUACAUUUAUUAUAUUAUUAUUAUUAUUUCAAGUGUAAUUGGAAAAUUAUAAAGAAUUUAGUGAAUAUAAUUUAAAAGGGUAUUCCUUGCUCCUUGAAAGGCAUAGAUUCAUAGUUGAUAGUUUUCCAUCAGUUUCAGCAGCCAUUGAAGUGGCCUUGGUAGCGGCGUGAUGCGAGGAAUUGUCAAUUCCCGUUUUUAAUCGGCUAUACGUUUCGUACUUUCGUUAGCAACUAACAUACAACAGGCGGUAUGACUAGGCCGAUCUUCCUCUCACUUGUCUUUCUUCUUCAGCUCUGCUUAUGCUCUCUGGCCGUCGCUUCGCGGACUAGUGAUGGAUAUACUAUAAACGGACGUGUGAAAAUACCAGGCUUUAACUUGAAAGGAUCUGGUUUGCUGGCAAAAGCAUCAGAUGUCAAGGUGGUACUUAAUGGUGGCCAAAGAGUUACAUUUUUAAGACCUGAUGGAUACUUUUCAUUCCAUAACGUGCCUGCUGGGACACAUCUAAUUGAAGUGGAUGCAAUAGGCUAUUUCUUCUCUCCAGUUCGAGUUGAUGUUAGUGCCAGAAACCCAGGCAAGGUUCAGGCAGCGCUGACAGAGAAUAGAAGAAGUCUGAGUGAGCUAGUCUUGGAGCCACUAAGGGAGGAACAGUACUAUGAGAUGAGGGAACCUUUCUCCAUCAUGUCAUUAGUUAAGAGCCCUAUGGGUCUGAUGGUUGGAUUCAUGCUUCUUGUGGUAUUUAUUAUGCCUAAAUUGGUAGAAAAUAUGGAUCCUGAAGAAAUGAGGCGUGCACAAGAGGAAAUGAGAAGCCAAGGAGUCCCGACCCUUUCAAGCUUACUACCCGGGGCGGCACAGAGAAGCAGCUGAAGAACGGGACUAUGGGAGUAACAGCUCAAAGCCUCAAAGCUUUGUAGUAUUUAGAACAAGAAUUGGUCUGGUGUCAUGCAUUAGAAUUUCCCAUUUUCCCAAAUUUAUUUUCCCUCUGCAGACAUAUAACAUGCAAACAUAUAACAUGCUCACACUCACCUCUUGUACUCCCGCCUUAAAAUAUCAAUUUCAAGAAAUCCAUUUAUUCCUUUUUCCUUUGCCCAAAAUCUCCCAUCCUUAUGUUUCACAACUCUGACUUUUUUGGUCAAACCUUUUCAAUUUUAAGCAAUGUCUUUAAUCAA